AUGAAGAUCAUUCACAACCCCUCCGGAUACAAAGAAGAGUCCGGUGGAUUUGCUGACUUCUCAAGUCGUUUCCCUGGCCUCUGUGAAGAAAAGUCCAUUCUGGUGCCUUCCUGCAUUUCUCAGCCCUGCUUACCCGUCUCCACCACAGGCCCAACCAGGAUUCUGCCUCAUCUUUACCUUGGGUGUCAGAGGGAUGUCCUCAACAAGGAACUGAUGAAGCAAAAUGACAUUGGCUACGUGCUGAACGCCAGCAACACUUGCCCCAAGCCGGAUUGCAUCCCAGACUCUCACUUCUUAAGAGUCCCUGUGAAUGACAGCUUUUGUGAGAAGAUUUUUCCGUGGUUGGACACAUCUGUGGACUUCAUAGAAAAAGCCAAAGCCUCGAAUGGUCGUGUUCUGGUACACUGUCUAGCUGGAAUAUCCCGCUCUGCCACCAUUGCAAUAGCAUACAUAAUGAAGAGAAUGGAUAUGUCCUUAGAUGAGGCCUACAGAUUUGUGAAAGAGAAGAGGCCAACCAUUUCUCCUAACUUCAACUUCCUUGGCCAGCUUCUGGACUUUGAAAAGAAGAUCAAGAAGCAGACCGGCCAAACGGGGCCCUUCAGCAAGCGUAAACUUCUGCAUUUGGAGAAAAGCAAUGAGCAGGUACCGAGUUCGGAUGGCGGGCACAGCAGCAGCCUCCUCACCUCCCCGCAGCUGUGCGCUGCUGCCUCUACCUCGGAGACUGUGGAACAGAACCCAGUGGACUCGCUCGGCCUAGCAGGCCCACCUUUGGCAUCUCUGGAAGACAGCCCGCUGGUUCAGGGCAUCAUCGGACUCCGUGUGUCCUCCGACAAAGUGGAAGACAGUAACAGGCUGAAGCGGUCCUUUUCCUUGGACAUCAAAUCUGUCUCGUGCGUGGCAAACAGUAACUGCCUUCUGGCUUCAGGACAGGGAUAUUCUUCUUUGGAGGACACGUUAGAAUAUUACAAGCAUUCAGCGGCCUUGGAAAGCAGCACCAAGUUAUGCCAGUUCUCCCCCGUCCAGGAGGUUUCCGAACAGACGCCGGAGAGCAGCCCGGAUAUAGAGGAAGCUAAGAUUCCCAAGAACCCCCAGAAGGCCUGGCCCCCCGACGGUCCAAGCAAACGGCAGCACUUAGGGGGAACCACUGGCACCAGCCAGAGGUCGUACCCGCUGCAUCGGAGCGGCAGCAUGGAGGACAACUACCGAACAAACUUCCUCUUUGGCCUCUCCACCAGCCAGCAGCAUCUGGCCAAGUCUGCCACGGGGCUGGGGCUGAAGGACUGGCAUUCGGACAUUUUGGCCCCUCAGGCCUCGGCGGCGUCCCUCACCAACAGCUGGUACUUUGCCACAGACCCCUCUCGCUUCUAUUCUGCCUCCACUUUGUACGGCGGAAGCGCGGCCUACUCCGCCUACAGCUGCAGCCAGCUGCCCACGGGCUGCGAGCAGGCCUACGCGGUACGCAGGCGGGAAAAGCACGGUGCUCGGGGGGACUCGCGGCGCAGCUGGCACGAGGAGAGCUCUUUCGAGAAGCAGUUCAAGCGGAGGAGCUGCCAGAUGGAAUUUGGGGAGAGCAUCAGGUCCGAGAACAGGUCCCGAGAGGAGCUGGGGAAAGUAGGCAGCCAGUCUAGUUUCUCAGGCAGCAUGGAGAUCAUCGAAGUAUCCUGAGUUCGUUCCACAACCGUGUGACUUUCCCCUCUUGGCCGGGGGGGCGGCGGAGCAGUCGUCAAAUAAUUUCCCUGUAAAUCUGAAAUUUCAAAAUGCAAACUGUGGGGCUUCUGUGUGAAAGAAGUGAAUCUAUACAGUGAGAACGAGUGAAUAUAUAUAUAUUAAAAGAGUAAUUAAAUGGUAAGCCUAAUAACUGCACAGGGCAAUCAGCUGUUUUAUCAGGGUUUUUUUUAAAUUCCCCGACAACUGAAGCAGUUACAAAGAACUGCAAGUUCUGAUCACAGUAAAGGAAUCUUUCUUUAUCAGACAGGCAAAUCUUAUCAGUCCUACUGAAUUAUUCUACAAGAAAAGAAAACGAGGCCCACCUUCUAGCUGAUUCUGUUCUCGAAGUUCUUCAGCAAUGCACCUGUGCCAGUCUGAUGGAAAUGUCCUAUUUCAAGGAAAAUGAAAAUGUAACCCGCCCCCCGCUUUUUGGUAUCCAGGCUGCGCUGAAAGCCAGCUAGGCCUUUGGCCAGACAUUGUAAAUGGUGACUUGGUGGACAGAUCUCACAUUCUGUUUGACAAACCAGUACCUCAAAUGAAAAACAUGGGCAAGUUUUUCUGGCUACCAGAUGAAACAAUGUGAAGAAAAAAAAGCGCGAGAGUGCUUGCUUGUUUAGUUUCAAGCGUGGUAUUAAAUGUUGAUGGUCAUCUGUGUGCCUCCCUGUCUCUGGUUCA